GGGUUUAGAGAGCGUGGGCGGAGCUUGGAGAGUGGGGGAUUUCUUUACGCAGGCGCGUUGAUUGUAGCGAGUGUUGGCUCCGGGUGACCGGGCCGCCUGUAAGGAAAAGCGCCAGCAGCAAUGGUGAAGAAACGGAAAGGCCGGGUGGUUAUAGACUCCGAUACGGAGGAUAGCGGCAGCGACGAGAACUUGGACCAGGAGCUGCUGUCCUUAGCCAAGCGCAAGAGGAGUGAUUCAGAAGAGAAGGAACAGCCAGUAAGCAAACCGGCAACAACCUCCGACUCUGAGACCUCCGAUAGUGAUGAUGAGUGGACAGUCACAGGGCAGUCAAAAAACAAGAAAAAAGGGAAACCUGGGAAAGGAGGGGAGAAGAAGGGAGCGAUGAAGAAACCGGCUAAUCGGGCAGCAUCUUCUGCCAGCUCUGGAAAGGAGAGUUCUGAAGAGAGCUCUGCUCCAGAAGAAGGAGAGGUGUCUGAUUCUGAUAGCAACAGUUCCUCCUCCAGUUCUGAUUCAGAUUCCUCAUCUGAAGAUGAAGAGUUUUGUGAUGGCUAUGGGGAGGACUUUAUGGGGGAUGAAGAAGAUCGGGCCCGGCUUGAGCAGAUGACUGAGAAAGAGAGGGAACAAGAACUGUUUAAUCGGAUAGAAAAGCGUGAAGUGCUCAAGCGAAGAUUUGAAAUCAAGAAAAAGCUAAAAAAUGCAAAAAAGAAGGAAAAGAAAGAAAAAGAUAAAAAGAAGAAGCAUGAUGAAGAACAGGAGAAAAAGAAACAAGCACAGGUCUUGGAGGCACAGUUACAGGUAACUUCACAUAAUAAAGAAAGGCGGUCAAAGCGGGAUGAAAAGUCUGACAAGAAAUCUCAAGCAAUGGAAGAAUUGCGAGCAGAGAGAGAGAAAAGGAAGAAUAAGACUGCAGAAUUGAUUGCCAGAAAACAGCCUCUGAAGACCAGCGAGGUGUAUUCCGAUGAUGAAGAGGAAGAAGAGGAUGAUAAGUCUAGUGAAAAAAGCAACAGAUCUUCCAGAUCUUCUUCGUCAUCUGAUGAAGAUGAAGAGUCUGUAGAAAUUCCACCAAAAUCUCUACCUGUAUCUUUGCCAGAAGAGCUCAACAAGGUUCGGUUGUCUCGGCAAAAAUUGGAACGUUGGUGUCAUAUGCCCUUUUUUGCCAAGACUGUCUCAGGCUGUUUUGUGCGGAUAGGCAUUGGAAACCAUAACAGCAAACCUGUAUACAGAGUUGCAGAAAUUACCGGAGUGGUGGAGACUGGAAAAAUAUACCAGUUGGGUGGGACAAGGACAAAUAAAGGCCUGCAGUUACGGCAUGGCAACGACCAGAGGGUCUUCCGAUUGGAGUUCGUCUCUAACCAAGAGUUUACAGAAAGCGAGUUCAUGAAAUGGAAAGAGGCGAUGUUUUCUGCUUGCAUGCAGCUUCCCACCCUCGAUGAAAUUAAUAAGAAGGAGUUAUCAAUUAAAGAAGCUAUGAACUAUAAAUUUAAUGACCAGGACAUUGAAGACAUUGUAAAGGAAAAGGACCGGUUUAGAAAAGCACCUUCGAAUUAUGCCAUGAAGAAAACACAGCUUUUAAAAGAUAAGGCAAUGGCGGAGGAAGCUGGAGAUCAAGACAAAGCUAAGCAGAUUCAAGAUCAGAUGAAUGAACUAGAGGAGCGGGCCGAAGCUUUGGAUCGGCAGAGGACAAAGAACAUCUCUGCCAUAAGUUAUAUAAACCAGCGAAACAGAGAAUGGAACAUUGUGGAGUCUGAAAAGGCCUUAGUGGCAGAGAGUCAGAGCAUGAAGCAGCAACAGAUGGAUCCCUUCACUAGAAGGCAGUGCAAGCCAACCAUGGUGUCUAAUUCCAGGGAUCCUGCCGUCCAGGCAGCCAUUAUUGCUCAGCUGAAUGCAAAAUAUGGCUCCGGAGCUAGCAAUGAUGCAUCCAAAGAUAAAGGCUUGGCUCAAAGUAAGGAUGCAGAUGGAAACACCAAGUCAGCCAGCGACCUCUCGGAAGACCUGUUUAAAGUGCAUGAUUUUGAUGUAAAGAUCGACCUACAAGUCCCCAGUUCAGAAUCAAAAUCUCUUGCCAUCUCCUCAAAAGCACCACCAGCAAAGGACGGAGCACCCCGGCGAUCUCUGAACCUGGAGGACUAUAAAAAAAGGAGAGGACUUAUCUGAGUCCAGCCAGCACGCUGCUGACCUUGCAUGCCCCAUUUUGUAACCCUUCCCUAUUGUUUUUACCAUCAUUUGUCUGGAGCAGUAGCACCGCUGGGAACUGACUCUACACAACCAGUCGAUAUUGACUGACUUCAUAUGACCCCUUACUUUGCCCGCUGCUCUGUGGCUCCCACUUAUUGCGGAUCUUGGAUCAUUCAGUAUCCUUACCGUUGCCCAUUUAUCUCCGUAUGUAUUGCGUUUCCACGAGCAAGGUUUUCCAUGGCUUAGCCUUCAAAAGUAAAUGUGAUCCCUGCAGUAAACAAGCACUACAUAUCCUCUGGUUUCCUCUCAUCACCUCCAGGUUCCUGACUUUGAAGCAACUACCUGGCAGUUCUCCUUUUCCAAGAAAGGGCACUCGAGGAAUAUGCAACAAGUUUUUGUGGUGGGCAGACAUCAGAUAUUUAUUUUUUAUUUUUUUUUUUACUAUUGGCAGCCAUAGUUUCUGUCCUGAUGUGCUUUUGAUGACUUUUUUUUUUUUAUGUUCUUUGCUGUGUUUCUGGAGCAGCAGCAGCAGAUCUGGUAAUAGACUCAGACUUGUAUCAUAAACUUAUGGACUUUAUGGGACUGUUCACUUGGCCACUCUAUCACAUCCUUUUGUGGAUCUGUGAUUUUUUUUUGUUUUAGGGUUUCUCUUUGGUUGUCUAUAUUCCCGAACCUUUAUGCCAUUUUUUUUUUGUUUUCCGGCAAGCCUGCUGUUCUGUUGCUCAGUAUUACCAUGGAGAUUGGAGCUCUACAGUAAACACAGCAAGCACUGCAUAAGCACUCUGGUUUCUUCUCUUUACCCUGACGUUCAGUAAGGAUUAAAGGCCCCUCCAGCUCAGCUGAAUCAUAUGACGUUGAAGAGACUGCCUCCAUUUUCCUUCUGGUUUUUACAAGGAUGCGACGUCCUCUUCACGGUAUGUUUAUGGUGGGCAGGUUUCAGGAAUAUUUUAAUGAUUCUUUUUAGCUGCCGUACAGUUUGUCUGUCCUGGCUGUUUGGAAUACUUUUUAAAGCUGUAAAUGAGAACAUGAAACUGUAAAGAAGAAACAAAUUAAAUAUGGUUCUUCUUAUGAAAACGGGAGUUAAUGAGCAUUUACUCCACAACAGAAAUAUGAGCCACAAGUUGACAAAGGAGGUAAAUCAAAGUGUUAAAAUGAGAGAGAAUGAGAUAACAUUUGUGGUCAUAACUUAAAUAUCUUAUUGUCUGCUGUGGAAUGAUUGCUAAACAGUAUAUGCAAAUGAAUGAACAGUGGCUCGUGCUUUAAUAAUGCACAGUGUAGAGCUUGAAAGCAUACAGGUAAUAAAGAGUGUUACUCCA